AUGGGCAACCGCGUGGCGAGGCUGGCCACGCCCUGCUUCGCGCCGGCCGACGGUCACGCCGCGGACGACGCGCACCACUACACGGAUGCAGCGGGGACAGGGGCGGCGGAUGAUGGCACCGGCGUCUGCCACAUUCUCAGCUUAGACGGUCGCGAGGGGCGCAUCCACGGCGUGCUGCUGCCGUCGAACCAGUCCACGGUGGGCGGCUCCUUGUUCUUAAGCGACCGGGCGUCCUUCUCCGGCUCGUCGUCGUUCGACAGCUCCAACUCCUUCUCGUUCCGGACGCUCCAGCCGCGGCAGUACUCGGGCCCGCUGGACAGCUACGGCGGCAGCAGCAGCAUCGCGUCGACGUCGACGUCUGCGACGAACUCGGGCGUGUCGUCGGUGUCGCGGCUCCCCUCGCGCACCGACGAGCAGAUCCUCGCGGACCUCUACGCCACGCGGCACCGGCGGCGGCAGGCGUCUUGCAAGUCCAGCCCGCUCCUCGGCGGCCUCCGCAGGGCCGUCGCAUCGGUGCUGCGCGCGGGGCCGUGCGUGUCCCCCGGCGGCGGGAAGGACCACGCCGUGGCAGUCGGCAACGGUGUGCCGGACGUCGACGGCGGCGCGGCGAGGGUGCAGUGGGCUCGCGGGAAGGCCGGGGAGGACAGGGUGCACGUGGUGGUGUCGGAGGAGCACCGCUGGAUGUUCGUCGGCAUCUACGACGGCUUCAACGGGCCCGACGCCACCGACUACCUCGUCGCGCACCUGUACGCGGCCGUGUGCCGCGAGCUCGACGGCGUGCUGCUGCGUGCGGAGGAGGAGGACGACGAGGAGGAGGAGGCGGCGCGGUGCAACGGACGCGCUGGCGCGCGGGCGCGUGACCACGACGUGCUGGACGCGCUGGCCCGCGCCCUGAGGAGCACGGAGGCCGGGUACUUCGCGGAGGCGGAGGCGCGCGCGGCGGAGUGCCCGGAGCUGGCGAUGAUGGGGUCGUGCGUGCUGGUGGCGCUGGUGAAGGGCGCCGAUGUGUACGUGAUGAACGUCGGCGACAGCCGCGCCGUGCUUGCGCAGCGCGCCGAGCCCGACCUGUCGCGGGCCCUCGUCGGCGACCUCGCCGGCGUCAAGGAGGAGAUCAAGCGGCAGUUCGACGCGUGCGAGAUGGGGGACCUCGUAGCGCUGCAGCUCACCAUGGACCACAGCACCAGCGUCUACAAGGAGGCGAGAAGGAUCAGGAGCGAGCACCCCGAUGAUACCGACUGCAUUGUGAAUGGCAGGGUGAAGGGCUCGUUGAAGGUGACGAGAGCAUUCGGCGCCGGCUACCUGAAAGAGCCGAGGUGGAACAAGGCUCUGCUGGAGGUGUUCCGGGUGAAGUACGUGGGGACGUCGCCGUACAUCAGCUGCCGGCCGUACCUCCGGCACCACCGCGUGGGCCCACGGGACAAGUUCAUGAUCCUCGCCUCCGACGGCCUCUACGACUACCUGAGCAACGAGGAGGUGGUGGCGCAGGUGGAGGCCUUCACCGCCAGCUACCCCGACGAGGACCCCGCCAAGUACCUCAGCCACGAGAUCCUCCUCCGCGCCGCCAACCAAGCUGGAAUGGGGUUCCAUGAGUUGCUCGAGGUUCAGCAAGGCGACCGGAGGCGUUGGUACGUCGGGGCCACCUUCGCCGUCGCGCUGCUCCUCGCGCUCUCCAGCUACGCCUCCGUAGUAUUCCCCGCGUCCGGUGGCCGCCGCGGCCCCGCCCUCGUAGGACUCACCCUCGUCCGCCGCGCCAGCGAGAAGGGCGCGCUGUGCUUGGAUGGGAGCGCGCCCGGGUACCAUCUGCAUAGAGGGUCUGGGAGUGGAUCGCAGAGCUGGCUCAUCCACUUGGAGGGUGGAGGCUGGUGCCGUAAUCUCAAGUCAUGUGCCCUCACGUCAGAGAUCGAUGUUGGGCUCAUCCCGGUACAUGGAAGGCCAGACUUUUACAACUGGAAUAAAGUGAAGAUAAGGUAUUGCGACGGGGCAUCAUUCUCUGGGAAUGUAAAAGAUGAAUUGCAGAAUGGCACAAGAUUCUUCUUCAGAGGCCAGCGUAUCUGGGAAACAGUUAUGAACGAACCUGUAGUUAAGGGGCUCAGAAAUGCUAAACAGGCUUUCCUAACAGGAUGCUCUGCUGGUGGGCUAGCCACUUACAUUCACUGUGAUUCUUUCCGUGCGCAGCUACCAAAGGAUUCUAGGGUAAAGUGUCUCGCAGAUGGCGGUUUUUUCCUUGAUGUAGAAGACAUUUCUGGGAGAAGGACAAUGCAGUCUUUCUACAGUGAUGUUGUGCGCCUUAGUAACUCAAACAUGGAGGCGGGCCAGUGUUUCUUUCCACGUGAAGUUGUGAAGCACGUUGUCAACCCAGUCUUUGUUCUUAAUCGAGCAUAUGAUGCUUGGCAGGUACAACAUGCGUUGGCUCCAGAAGCAUCUGACCCUCAGCAUUCGUGGCUGGACUGCAGAUUGGAUAUUAGCAAGUGCAGCUCUGAACAACUUGAAAUUCUCCAAGGUUUCAGGAAAGAACUGAAUGAUGCUAUAAGUGAAGUUAAGCAGGAAAGGGACUGGGGAUUUUAUAUCAACUCAGCAUUGCAGAAGCAGUUGGAGACUGGUUCUUUGACAGAAGAGAAGUGA